AUGUCGUCCGAAUCAAGAUCCCGCCGGAGAGGCGUAUGGAGCCAUUGGGUUCCGCUAGCCGUGACCCUCACUGUUGCGACAGUCGGCGUAGCAGCUUGGGCAUGGAGCCAGCGGCAGGGCGACGAAGAAGAAGAGGCACCGCCAGCCGACCUCGACUAUGAGAAUGCAGACUACGGCGACAACCCAGCAUACGGCGCCGACAACCGCGAGCACGGAUAUUCCAAGGCCGAAAGCGCUACGUACGGCGUGACCGAUGCGCAUUUAGAGGCGCAACAAAAUGCCGGUUGGGGCACUACAAUGUCCGGCGCGUUGCGUCGAACGCCUAGCCCUCAGCAGUUCUUCAGCAAUGCAGGCAAGGCUGUGACCGCUGGUGUAGGCGCUGUUGGCGCGGCUAUGGGCAGCGCAUUGGCUGCUAUAAGAGAAGAAGACAAAAAUGCAUAUGCCGAUCACGAAACAUGGUCAGAAGAGGCAGAAUCUAGAAAGGGAAAAGACAAACAACCAGGCCUAUCACGCGACCCUAGUAAACGUAGAAAGACGGUGGCUGUAGUCGUCUCAGCCGAUACAAGCAUAGACGAUCUCGAUGAAGAUAGUUUCCACGAGCAUGCGUCCAUCUUAUCGCACAUCCCCCGGAACACCGACUUCUCCAAGAUCAAGCUCUUCGUCUUGAUCUACUCGCCAGGUCUCAAGGAUACCGCCCUUGAAGCGCCGGCAAGUAACCUGCCUCCAGCUUCUCUGAGUUCUUCAUUCUCAAACAUUAGCCAUAACCAGGCCCAGACCCCUGGCGAAGAAACCAAGAGCCCUCUACUGAAAUCGAACGGCGAUGCAGCUUUCAACGCCGUAUACUCGCAGGCUUUGACGUUGGUUGAGAAGGAAACCAUGAUUAUGCCAUUCACAUCAGAGAACGGUCAUGUUCAUAUCUUACACCACCUUCAACCCGAGGUCGUUUACCUGCAAGGAUCACUAGCUGGCGAGAAUGGUGUACACAUCACACGUCUUCAGUCAUGGCUUCGAUACGACGUCAUUCUAAUCGUUGGAGCUGACGGCGGCCAUGGAGGUCUUGCCGAUAGCGAGUCAGAGGCUGAGAGGCCCAGUAGGCCUGAAAAAUGGUGGCAAAGAGAGGACAGAGUGGGACGCGGAAGAGGUGUCGUUGUGGUUGAUAGUCUGCGUGUUAGUGACGACUGGGCGCGUCGCGUGCAAGGCAAGGAGUAG